GCUCGUAUAAAGCCGCCGGACUGUACGGGGGGAGAACAACCCGGAGGAGAAGCAUUGUUUUCCUUUUUUUUUGACAGGAUGAACAACAGUUUCAUAAACAUGGCGUCGAUAGGCGACUUCGACCCGCUCAACGCGUCUAUCCCUGCCACCAAAGUUGAAAUCACGGUGUCCUGCAGGAACCUGCUGGACAGGGACACCUUCUCCAAAUCAGACCCAAUUUGUGUUCUCUACGCACAAGGCAUGGGUAACAAGGAGUGGAGAGAGUUUGGAAGAACAGAGGUGAUUGACAAUACGCUAAACCCAGACUUUGUGCGGAAAUUCAUUUUGGACUACUUCUUUGAAGAGCGGCAGAACCUCCGAUUUGACUUGUACGAUGUUGACUCCAAGAGCGCCAACCUAUCAAAACACGAUUUCCUGGGCCAGGCCUACUGUACUCUCGGAGAGGUGGUUGGUUCGUUGGGCAGUCGCUUGGAGAAAGCUCUUGGGUGA